AUGGAUCUUCAGGGGACUAAGGAGGCCCGGACCCAAGAGGAGGGUGCCGACGGCCCGUUGGACGCCUAUGGUGGAGGUGGCCGCUCCAAAGAGUAUCACAAGAACGAGGGGCGCGAUUCUCACGGCCAUGAUAAUUCUUCCAACCACCCGCUUCGUCGACAGUCGCCCUUCACAUAUCCUCCCGGAACUCGUCAGCAAUCUGCGCUAGCGCCCGCAACGCCACGCCGGGAGCCAUCGCCGUCUCCAGAGGCCAUCGUCAUUCCUAAAGCCUUGGGAUUAAGUUCUCGGGAUCAGCGAUUAUUAUGCAAAGCUCGACGACAGCCACCCGUGACCAAGAAAACGUUGAGUGAACUCGAUCUGCCAUGCAUCAUCAGCAACAUCAAUCUUCGUAUGGAUGCCAACUUCGAUCGCGACCUACAUUUCAAGCCUGACCUAGAUGGUGAGAAGGGAAAGCGAAAACGAAAAGAUGCGACCGCGUACUGGGACUCCAUGGCGACGGAGAUUGCGAUCUAUGCGUACCACGCCGCGCACCCCGACGAGGAGCCGAGUCGAGGGAGCUCACAACGCACCUUUGAGCCCCGGCUGCCCUCCAUGUUCGAGACCCUGCAGGAAGUAAUCAAGACCCUUGUUCCGGAGCGAGAUCACCCCAGCGUCAUGCAGAACUUGGAGGUGCCCUUGCUGAUGCAGCAGAUCCGCAAGGGUGUCCUCGAUAUGGUUGCGCUAGCGACGUGGAUGGCGGCCUUGCUCAAGACGCAUUGUGCACCGAUGCGGGAUGAGUGGGCGGAUCGGAUGGCUGAACAGAUCACUCAAGGGUCCCAGUCGCAAGACCCAAAGGAAAUUGUCAAUGGCUUGACGACCCUCUUUGCGAUCUUGGAGGCCAUGAAAUUGGACGUUGCGAACCACCAAAUACGUACCUUCCGCGUGCUACUCAUCGAAGACACAGUCCCUUUUCUACAAGAAUACUUCGAGGGUAAAAUCAGUCGCGGGAAUUUUCAAGUCGAACCCGCCCGUCUCUGGUACCUAGACGUCCGAAACCGCGCCCAGCAAGAAGACGCCCUCAAGAGCCCAAUCCAAUCCGACGACGGUCUCAAGCCCCUCGAAGCCCUCUUACGCGGAAUAGCCGAUCAACUCCUCCAAUUCACACCCCCACCCGACUUCCCCGAAACCUUCCUCUUCGACUCCGACAGACUCUGGCAACUCCGUGCCACAAUUCAAAAUCUCAUCAACCUCGAAAUAGCCUGGUACAUCUUCGAAUCCUGGGUCCACUCCAAAAACCGCUACCUCCGCGGCCGCGAAGAAAUAUUGCUCACAUUCCGCUCCCGCAUCUUAUCUCUCAUGGAAGAUGGCCUCGAUCCAAACGGCCACAUACCCAGCGCAAUAGAUGACGACCCCGACCUCCGGGGCGGCGCACACUGGUACCAAAAUAUGCGCAGUAUCGCGCUUGAAAUCGCCCGGUUCGCCUGCUUAGCCUGCGGCAUGGACGACGUCGAAGACGAAGUCAUCACGCCGAUCGAGGCAGCGCUCGAGUGGCACUUGACCAACGAGUCGGAUCUCUUCCGCCAUUUCCAAAAUACCACCCGGGAAAAGAUCUUGUCUGCGACAAUCGUUUCGACGAAGAAGUAUUUGCCGCUUUCGCCGUUGGCGAUUUGUGAGUCGCAGCGUGCUGUUGCGCCUGCUGCGCCGCUUGUCCCUGCGUCUUCGGCUGCAACGAAUCCUGCUAGUUCGACGGGUUUGGCGCAGACUCCUACGCCGUCGGAGUAUGAUAUUGAGCGGAUUGGAAUGCGGCUUGCCCACAUAGGUGUUUUGCAUUGGCGUGUUUGGGCUCCGCUGCUUUAUCUCCGGGAUGAGAUUGCUGAUCUGGAUCCUGGUCCGGCGGCAUUCGUCUAA